AUGGCGUUGACACAAGUUAAACAAAAUUCGUCCAUAAACGAUAAUCCAAAUGAUAUUACUCGAAGAUUACCAUCUUUACAAUUUGAAAGUGCAUUAACAGAUGAAGAAAAAGAACUUUUAUCCUUGAGACCCAGAUCCCACGCUAUUACGGUUUCAAUAUGUGGCCAUUCGGUGUUUUUAGUCGACAUUCUAUCCGAAGUCAGGUGCGUCAAAAAAUCUUCUUCAAGAAAAACAGCCAUGAUAUUACAAGAUAUGAAUGUUAAAGAUGAAUUAACUGUUGGUAUAUUAGGUGGUGGUAGAUUAGGCAGUCAGAUAGCUCACUGUUUGUUGACUUUUGGUAGAAUGAAUCCACAGAAUCUUCAAAUAUCAACACGACGUCCAGAAACUUUAGAAUAUUUACAACAUAAAGGUGUAGAGUGUUAUUAUAAUAAUAAAAAAUUGGUAUCAAAUGUAAAUUUACUGUUUAUCUGUGUAUUACCAUCACAGCUACCAGGAAUAGCUGAUGAAAUCAAGGGACGUCUGUCUCCUUCUACUGUUGUGUAUUGUCCCUCAGCUAGUACUCCCUUACAAAAGAUAAAACUCAUCCUCAGAACACCCAAUGUGUUUAAAUCUGAUUUUCGAUGGACUGAUGAGAGUUGUAAGAAUAAGUGGGAUUUUAAUGUCAAUGUGAAGAUGUCUCUAGAAAAGAAAGAUGUAGUUGAAAUCACCAAUCCUAUUAAUCAAACUGGACCUGGUAUGUAUUAUCGAUGGCAUCUGAUCAAAACCUAUUUCAAUCGUUCCAUGGUAUCAUUAAUGACAGUUGAUUACACAUUUACCAAUAGUUCCGCGGUAUUAUCAAAGACAAUCAAUCUGAUCCCUCCUUAA